CGGCUGCCGCCCCGGCCUCGCCUCGCCUCGCAUCGGCCCCGGCCCCGGCCCCGGCCCCGGCGCCCUCACGGGUGGCUGGCGACUUCCCGCCUCAGGACUUGCGCAGCUGGCCGAGAGGAUUUGGAAAGCGACUUCUGCGAGCCUCGAGGGGGCAAGCACCUCGUUCGGGGGCGCCCGGGUGAAGUCAGACUUGCGCUGCCUCUGCCACAGCCUGGCAUCGCUCUGAGAAUUAGGGUCGGUCUUCAGAAAGGACACGCUUAGCAAAUGGCGGCACAGUGUGUGACGAAGGUCGAGCUGACUGUUGCCUGCACAAAUCUCUUGGAUAAAGAUGUUGGUUCCAAGUCAGACCCACUGUGUGUACUUUUGCAGAAUACAAGUGGUCAGCAGUGGUAUGAGGUUGAUCGCACAGAAAGAAUUAAGAAUUCCUUGAACCCAAAGUUUGCCAAGAAAUUCCUAAUCGAUUAUUAUUUUGAGCUUGUUCAGAAACUUAAAUUUGGAAUAUAUGACAUUGACAACAAGACCUUUGAUCUGAGUGAUGAUGAUUUCCUUGGAGAAUUUGAAUGUACGCUGGGGCAAAUAGUUUCUAAUAAGACUUUAACAAAACCAUUACUACUUAAAAAUGGCAGACCUGCUGGAAGAGGCAGUAUUCAGAUUACAGCAGAAGAAGUGAAGGAUAACAGAGUAGUGUUAUUGGAAGUAGAAGCAAGGAAAUUGGAUAAUAAGGAUUUUUUUGGAAAGUCAGAUCCUUAUCUGGAAUUCUACAAGCAGACUGGAGAUGGAAACUGGGUGAUGGUUCACAGAACAGAGGUUAUUAAAAACAACUUGAAUCCGGUUUGGAGGCCAUUCAAAAUCUCUCUCAAUUCUCUGUGUUACAGUGACAUGGAUAAGUCAAUCAAGGUAGAGUGCUAUGAUUAUGAUGGUGAUGGGUCUCAUGAUCUCAUAGGAAGUUUUCAAACCACAAUGUCAAAACUGAAGGAAGCAUCUCGGUCCUCACCUGUUGAAUUUGAAUGCAUAAAUGAAAAGAAAAGACAGAAGAAAAAAAGCUAUAAAAACUCUGGCAUUGUGAGCAUUAAGCACUGUGAGAUCAUAGUAGAAUGCACAUUCCUUGACUAUAUCAUGGGUGGGUGCCAGCUGAAUUUCACAGUGGGGAUAGAUUUUACAGGCUCCAAUGGAGAUCCUCGUUCCCCAGACUCUCUGCAUUACCUCAGCCCUAAUGGAGUUAAUGAAUACCUAACAGCCAUUUGGUCGGUAGGAAUGGUCAUUCAAGACUAUGAUACAGAUAAAAUGUUCCCAGCCUUUGGAUUUGGUGCACAGGUUCCUCCUUCCUUUCAGGUGUCACAUGAGUUUCCAUUAAAUUUUAACCCAUCAAACCCAUUCUGUAAUGGAAUCCAAGGCAUUGUUGAUGCAUAUCGAGCUUGUCUUCCUCAAGUGAGGUUAUAUGGGCCAACCAAUUUUUCUCCAAUUAUAAAUCAUGUGGCAAGAUUUGCUGCUGCAGCUACACAGCAGCAAACAGCAUCUCAAUAUUUUAUACUUCUGAUCAUAACGGAUGGUGUAAUAACAGAUCUUGAUCAGACACGAACUGCUAUAGUUAAUGCUUCAAAAUUGCCCAUGUCCAUUAUCAUUGUUGGUGUUGGAGGAGCAGACUUCGAUGCCAUGGAGUUUCUGGAUGGUGACAAUGGAGUUCUUCGGUCCUCAUCAGGAGAACCAGCUGUCAGAGACAUUGUCCAGUUUGUGCCAUUUAGGAAGUUCCAGAAUGCUCCAAAAGAAGCUCUGGCACAAUGUGUCCUGGCAGAAGUCCCUCAGCAAGUGGUGAACUACUUCAGCACCUACAAACUUCAGCCUCCUAAGAAUCCUGCUGCAAAGUGAAGGGGUUGAGGAGGGGAGCUUAAGACUUUGUGCCUUCUUUUCUUGGCUUUGGUUCUUGAGAUACUUUUGUAUACAUUUAUACACACAAACCUGUAUGGUAAUGUCUAUUAGCUUUUGCCUGCAAAUCAGUACUUUGCCAAGUGUGCCUUUUUAAGAGCCAAAAUUAUAAUUGUUCUAACUAUUGAUUUGUGGAAAAGGAAUUGUGUGGGUGCGUUUUAUUUUGAAAAGUAACAGCAAAAAGAAGUUAUAUAUUCAUGGAGAACAAUUGAGAGGUAAUGGCUGCCUUGUACAUUUAUUAGAUAAAUAUGUUCAGUGAGAUGAUUCAGUUAUUUUAGUGGGGAUUUCCAUAGAGUACUGCCAUUUCUCAGUGGUUAUAAAUGGGGCUAAUGUGCAGAAGAGGAUGUCUACACCAAGCAGGUAAAAGUAUGUGCUUCAACAAAUCUGGAAUGCUUCAUGCUUCUGUUUCUGUUAAGCUACCAUAACAGAAUUUUGUGACAGUAGUGGCAGAAUUAGACUAGUGCCAGAACAGAGUGUAAAAGCCAUUCUUGCUUGCAUACUUGACAUUUGCCUUUUUAGUGCCUUUUGCCAGUGCCUGGGAUCCAGGGCUGUGUGAAUAUUAGCCAAACAAGUCAUUAAGUAUAACUCCUUUGUAGUAUACGGUCUCUCAGUGUGUUACAGGGAUAACCGAAGUGAGUCGAGGCAAACCUCAGACAUCUCAGAAGCAUGCUCUUAGCCUUCAAGGCUGACACUGUAGAGGCUGUAAGAUACGUUUGAGUGUGUACUAUGCUGGAAAAUGGGAACUUCAGGUUGUCCUUCAUCCUUUUUUCUUCUGUAAAACAAUCACAUAUGACUAUCGAUCUUCAGUGGAACUUAUUGUGAAGUGGGAAUUCACUUUACAAUUAAAAAUGUGUUUUCUCGGUUUUAUAAAUGCGUAUUAUCAAGCAAAGGUGGUUCUUGAAAGUAGUACAUAUUUUUUACUGGUUCAUUGUAUUUUGAAUCAUGCAUCUUUUUGAUUAGCUGACAAAUAAAAAGUGCCUGCAAAAAACAAUCUUCCAUCCUUGCCCGCAAAAGGAAGAUUUAAGAAAGUCUCUAAAUUCUAAUCCUAUAAUCCUACCAUUUUUCUCUAGGGCAGACAACAUUUUUUUUAAAAAAACUUCUUGCCUUGUGUUUUCUGUUCACCAUUUUUGUCUUGCAGAAUGGAACAUAAGAAAGAGUAUGGCGUGAUGUAUUUGCUUAGUGGACAGAUCAGAUUUUCUUGUUUCCCAACGGCACUACUGCUUGCUGUUGUAAGCAAUCUUUUCUGAUCCUGUCAAUGUAUGUAACAUAUUUGGAUGUAAAGGUCUCCUUUAUCACUUCAAAAAUUCCCAUCCGAAAUACUAAUUUUGCAUUUAAGUAUUUGAAAUGCUUUAGAAUUAGACAUCAUCCAGCUGAUCUGAUUUUGAAUGAUCUAGCUAUAAUGUGUUAGAACAAAACGAGCUAACACUUAAAUUUAACCUCUUUGUGGGCAGUCAAGAUUGCACGAGAACAUAGCCUAUGUGACUUUUUUAGUUACUGGAGCUGGUCUGGUUUUAUCCUUUUUCCAUAUGAGUAUAAUCCUGUCAAAAUUCUGAAUUCACAUUAAUAUUGAUAGCUGUGUCUUACACAUCCUGUAAAGCAUACCCAAUGGUUUGUAGACAGUUGCCUCAAUAUCAGUUAUGAAUUAAUAUUACUCCCCACUCCCUUUUUCCCUGGAGGCUCCCAAAUAGUUCUGAUAGUGAAAUAGUGAGGAAAAGAUUUUGUUUCGUAUUAAGCCAAGCUUACUUUCUUUUUUUAAUCUCGUUUAUGUUUUUAUUUUUUAUAAAAAUCUGCAGUCAUCCUUUACUAGUGAAGUGCAAAUAUGUUACUACUUUAUACAUAAAAUAUAAUGAAUUGUCAUGUCAGAAAUGCAACAAAAUAUUAAGAUCAAGGAAGUAGUUAUAAUAAAUAUGAAUCACAGCUGCAAAUUGAUAUAAUAUGAUUUUGGAGCAGUAAACUGUUUCACAGCCAGGUGUUCCAUUUGGAGAGAGAAUCCGAUGCUUCAUCUAUAUUCAUUGUAGUGGACAUAUGCUACUCAUAGGAGUACAGAAUACUGCUGAAGUUUCCCUGAGCUGCCUGCCAAAAAAAUGAUGCUGCAUCGAGUUACCUUACCAGUUCUGUCUUAGGUUGCAGUGGAAGCGCAUUUAAAUGCAGUUGAGGGUGGUAAUAGGUAUUUUAUGUCAAAGUUCUACUGCAUAUAAAAUACACAAAAUUCUUUUGGUUUGUUGGUAUUCUGAUUAUAUGUAAAUUGAUUUCUAGAGUAGAGAGUUAAUUUGUAUUUGGAAAGUAUGCCCUUACUUCUCCUGCUUAGGGAAUUACGUAGACAGUGUAUCAGUGAUACCUGCUUCUCUUUAUAUGUAAAAGAGUUUCAGAACUGAUAGCAGCAAGAACCAUUUUCCAAAUGAUACCUCUCUUAGAGGUAUACAACAAACAGCCUGUUGAAAAGUUUGGAAACUUCCCAGUCUGGCUGAAACAAUAUACUGAGGCAAGAAAUGCACUAAAUUGUGAGUCACAGGGUGGAGAGUAUUAUUCUGUUGUUUUUUUCCUUUUUUUUUUCUUUUGUUAAUAUAUAACAUAUUUAAGUAACAAAUGCCUUAAUAGCUUGAUGGUGACAAAGCAAGUGCUGUCAAAGUUCUUUGCAAAGUGAAUGUGCUUGUAGGUCGCUUGCACCACCUUGUGAUAAAAAUGAUGUAUAGCAGUCUUCAUAAUCAGAUGUUUUUUGCCAUUUAAUGGUCUUAAUAUAUGCAUAUGUACAGUAAGGAAAUAACCAACCAUGACCAGAAUUUUUUAAAAGUACUUUCUGUAUGUAUUUCAGUUCUGAUGAAGUUAACUGAUUUACAAUGCCUAUGCAUUAAAACUGUAAUUUCAGUAUACUGAUGUGCUUUCUUAUUCAGCAUUUUCUAUGAAACAGUGAACAAUGCUUUUGCAGUUGCUAUAAUGAGUGUUCCAAAAGCUUCAGAUGGCUCAGAUAUGUAACAGAGAUUACCAGAUGAGAGGGGAAAUGCCUGUUUUGUUCAGUGGUUACAAAUGUGCACUGUGUAUUUUAUAAAGCAGAAGAUACUGACUUUAGGCAAAAAAAGAGUUCUGAGGUCAGACAGUUUAGCAGUGAGUGUUUCUUCCCCUUGCCACAUUAGAGUUUCCCCAUUCAGGCUGUUCAAUACAGUUAUGGUCGAUUUUUCAAGUCCUUUUUCAGAGAGGCUUCUACUCUUGAGAAGGAUGAGGGUUUGUACGUUUAUUUUUAGUUUUCAAAUAUACUGUCCUACUUUACCCUUCAUAGUAUCUUGACAUUCAAGUAUAAUCAAGUCUAAGAUACUUUACAGGGAAGCUGAGAGGUACUAGAGAGAGAGUGUGGUGUUAUAGAGAACCUGAGUUUUGAUACCGCAAGUUGCAUCAUCUAAGCACUGCAGUAAAUCGCUCAACAUCUCCACAAGUCAGGAAUCCACAGGGUAGAAUUAGUUUCUGGAACAGCUUAAUAUAUCUUACACAUGCAGUAGGUCUUGACAUUUCUUUAAAGCAUCUGGCCUACAAUUUAAGCUAUACGUAAUACUUGCACACCGGUGAGUUCGUCUUCACCCACUUUACCACUGGGGUGAGAAACAAAUUGCUCCACCGAAACAAGGAGGGUAGCGUAUUCACAUAUGGAUGUCUCCUAGCAGCAGGCUGUAAAAUGCAUAAAAUGUCCUGCACCUAGCCAUCAUCUUUCCCAUGAGGCUUUUUUUCUCUAUUCUGUUAUAUGACUGCUUUCCAUGUGAAGGAGUUUGGCACAUAGGAUCCUAGAGAAGGAGGGCGCUGGGGAGGGGGAGAAGGAAAGUGUGUCUGCUACAGAUGGAGUGGCUUCUGAUGAGCUGCUUAGAGUCUGCUAGUAACUGGCAGAACACCUCUGCUCUCAAAUAUAGAUGGUUUGUUUUACUCAGUAAUGGAUGCUUGAUUACUUUCACGUAAGAGCUCAGACUGUGAAAGGCUGUGGUUCAGCUGUCUCUCUCUCGCAUAAGGAAAAGCUUGAAUACUCCUCACCUGAUCUGUCACUGAUUCAAAGCAGUUUUUAAAGAGGCUGAAACUUGUAUACCUUGCUUUGUCAGUAGUGUCUGAUGAACCAAGGGAAGGUAUCUAGAUCUGCAGGAGCAAGGAAGACAGUACAGAUCAGUUGGGAAAACUAUUCCUAACUAGGCUACUGCCAUCCCAGGGUGGUAUCAAUUUAAGCAGGAACAGUGUUCACAUACAUUCACCUGCAUGCUCAUGUUCUUAGACUAAAGAUGUGAUUACACAGAUGAUUCUGCUGUGCUAGAACGUUCCUGUGUCCUGGCUACUUGUGCCAUGUGCCAUUUCUUUUGGUGGAGAUCCUGCAAAUAAUUGGAUUGUAGGCACCUUCCUGCCUCUGCUGCCCUACUCCCCAAAACAAACAAACAAACAAACAAAAAAAAAAACUUGGAGGAAUUCUGGGAAGUAAAGGGAAAAAUACUCCUACUAUAGAAAUGUAGGAAGUCAGAGGAAACCAGGUGGAUGCUAGUUCUGGGUAGCCAUGAUCUUAUGCAAACAUUGACAUUUUUCCUCUUUCUUUUGGGUCUAAAAAACUUGAGAGCUGUGCAUAAGUUAAUAAUUUUGAAGCCAGAACUGACAACCUUUCCUGCAAACCUGAACUGUUGAGAGCUGUAGCAUAACUCACAUGGGAUGCUCUGCUGCUGCAGUGUAACAUGUGCUGCUGCAGUGUCAGCCUUUGCUUUGUAAUGUCAGUGUAUGACUGAUGAACUUCAAUAUGCCAACAGCAAAAAUACUUGUUUUAAAGUUACUGGCAGCAUUUGUGCAGGUAGAAGGGAGUCAGAUCUCUUGCAAUAAGAACUCCACUUAUCAAUAUAAAAAUCUUUAAAUUUGGAGAAUUAUGUACUUUUCUCCCCUUUCAUAAUGAUUUGCCAUCUCUGCCUCAAAAAAUGAUGUAAGAGCCAUAUAUUGUAAUGUAUUCAUAGAUCCUUCUUACUCUCAGAAGGCCUUGUUUGUGAAGCAAGCGUUCUGCAAUAUUUCUAAUUUUGUUAUUGUAUCUAUGUAUUUCUGGAUGUGCAAUAGAUGAAUAAUUCUUUAUGAUGUCUCUUAUUUUCCACCUCUGUUAUAAAAGUUAUCUUUUUAUUUUUACAUACCAAAUAACAAGUAAUAUGCAAAUAAAGAUGAAUCUUACCAUGUAGCAGCUAAA